GGAUAAAGGGGAGGGGUUUUGGAGAUUGGGGAGUGAAAGGAGGAAUUUGGGUCAGAGCCGGGAAUGAGGGAGUUAAAUCCUGGGAUUUGGGGCAUUUCCAGGCCAAAUCCGGGCAUCCGGGGGCCCAAAUGCCAGCUUUGGGGAUAAAGGAGCAAUUCCCGGGGUUUGGGAGUGAAAACGGAAUUCUGGGGGCAAACCCGAGGAUUUGGAGGGGGGAAAUGAGGAAAUUUGGGGACAGAAAUGAGGAUUUGGGAGCGAAAAUGAGUAAUCUGGGGUGAAAAGAGGGAAUUUGGGGGGGAAAGUGGCAAAUUUGGGGUGAAAAUGAGAAAUUUGGGGUCAAACCCAAGGAUUUGGGAGCGGAAAACGAGGAAUUUUGGAUGGAUUUUCGGGGGCAGAACCUCUCUUUUUGGGCCAUUUUUAGCCAAAAACCCCCCUUUUGGGGCCCAACCCUUUCCGUGCCAUUUUCGGGAUACGAAUCCGGAUUUUUUUUGGGGCUCGAAUCCCCAUUUUUGGGGAUUUCUCUCUUUUCCAUUCCUCUCCUUCCCAGCACCUCCUGGAAACGCCCUUCGGGGUCGUCCAUGCGUGGAUUUCGGGGUCCCCCCGGCCCGGCCGCCCCUCCCUGGUGACCUGGCCGGACGUGGGACACACGCACCGGACCUGUUUUUCGGAGCUUUUUGGGCACCCGGAGAUGUCGGAGAUCGCCCGCAACUUCCACCUGGUGCAGCUGGAGCCGCCGGGGAUGGAGGAGGGGGCUCCUCCCUACCCCUCCGGGUACCAGUACCCCUCCCUGGAGCAAUUGGCCGAGGCUGUCCCGGGGGUCCUGCAGGGCCUGGGCUGCUGCACCCCGAGGCCGUGGAGGGGCUGGUGCUGGUCAACCUCGACCCCCGUGCCAAGGGCUGGAUGGACUGGGCUGCCAGCAAGCUCUCAGGGCUGACGACGUCGACGAACGAAAUGAUCCUGGGGCACCUCUUCACCCAGGACGAGCUGGCCGCUGCCUCUCCCGUUGUCCGGCGGCUCCGGGAGCACCUGCCGGCCAUGCCCAACGCCCCCCUCCUCUGGACCAUGUACACCAGCCGCGGUGACCUCGGCUUGGAGCGGAGCGGGGCCAGAAGCCUGAGCUGCCCAGUCCUGCUGGUGGUCGGUGACAACUCCCCACACGAGGAUGCUGUGGUGGAGUGCAAUGCCAAACUGGACCCGACGCAAACGUCCUUCCUGAAGAUGGCCGACGGUGGCGGGCAGCCGCAGAUCACCCAGCCCGGCCGGCUGACAGAGGCCAUCAAGUACUUCCUGCAGGGCAUGGGCUACAUGGCCGCCUCCGCCAUGACGCGCCUGUCCCGCUCCCGAACCGGCUCGGUCACUGCGGGCGAGGGCGAGCGCAGCCGCAGCCGGACCCUGAGCCGGGGCAGCAUCGGGGGCGGGGCCGCCCCUCCCCCCACCGCCAACCCCUGAGGGAUUCCCACCUUUUUCCCCCCCCGCAAAAACGCACCAGGAGCUCUCCCUGACCCCUGGGACCCCUCCGGGGACCCACCUCCAACCCUCCGGGACCCCCUGAAUGACCCCUGGGGAGCCCCCAGGACACCCUGGGACUCGCCCUGUGAGGCCGGAGAAGCCCCCACAGACACUCCGCACCCCCAUCCCCAAAGCCUUCUGGGGCCUCCAACCCCCACCAAGACUCCCCUGGACCCCCCCUCCAUCCUCCCUCCUCCCCCAGCAACAUCUGGGACCCCGACAUGGGCUCCCUGUGGUGGCAAUAAAGGGUUAAAGCAGU